GUGGUCUGCAGAGGCGCAGACGGUACUGCGACAGAGGGCUGAGUACACUCUGUCGGGUCCUACGAUACCUUUACUCUAGUAGCGAGGGGGGCAAACCGCGACGGAGAUGUCGGGAAGCCGACUACUGAGGAGGGCGGAGGUGUACACUGCACCAUGGCUAGGAGGCGUCGAGGGGGGACUGAGCAUGACGUUGACGAAAGAGCUCAGCGUAGUGGCGGUCGAGGGCGGCGGUGUAAGGGCACCGGGGGGAGGUAUGACCGUCCUGGUGGCAGUGCAAACACCCUCGCCGGCCCAAAAUGGCCGCACGCUGCUCAGCGGAAAGGACACCGCGAGGAGGGACGAAGCCCUGAGGGAGGUCCUGCUGAGGGACCUCGGGGGGCGAUGUGCCAACGUAAUCAGAGUGGCUGCAUGGCCGGGAGAGGGUGGAGGGGGCGAGCUGGAGGCGCUCGGCUAUAGGGAGGGUAAAGUCCUCCAGGUGGUAGUGGAUGGCCUCGCAGAGGUCGAGGUCGUCGUUAUGGUCACCCUCAGGCGACAGCGGGGCAACAGCGUUCUGCUCACCAUACUCGAGCGCGCUGAAGCGGCGCGAGAAGUGAUGGCCCUGCUGCACGGAACGGCGGGGACGACCGUGGAAAGGAGAACGGCGUUGGGAAGUGUCGUGAGAGGAGGAGGGAGUGUAACCAGUAUGCUGAGGCAGGGAGGAGGAAGUGGAUUGAAGACGGGCCCGCAUCCGCUGAUGGUCCUUGGCGGCCUCGUAAGCCUGUGGCACCGAUGUGAAGUUAUACCGCCAUAACUCGGAGCGGUACUCAAGGGGGAGGCUGGCCAAGAAACGAUCGAUGAGGGCAGCCUCGGCGAGGAAUGCCAUAUCACAAAUAAGGCGGGCGUCCUGAAAGACCUGGAUGUGGCAGUCCAGGCCGUCAGCGCCACCAGAGUCGGACCAACGUGUAUUGACGACACGCUCGAAGGCGCCAGUCACGGCAUGUCGGGCUCCGAAACGAUCCUCGAGGAACGCUUGGAAAUCCAUGAAGGUCAGGGUCCGACCCUCACGAAGGGAGUGAGUGUAGAAAUUCUCCCAGGCGUCGAAAGGACCGCCGUGCAGGCGAGUGGAGAGGUGAGACACCCACGUAUCGGGUGGGACGCCCAUGAGCUAGAGCGUGCGGGCGGUAGAUUGCAACCACCGAG